AUGGCAGCCGCGCAAGUGCUCCUUGAUGAAAUUCAUCAAGACUUGCCCGUGCAGCCGAAUGACCAUAAUGCCUAUAUUCUUGGAAGCAUUGGGAAACACAAUGUUGUGAUUGCAUGCUUGCCUUACGGCCAAUAUGGCAUUGCAUCUGCCACCACAGUUGCCAUGCAGUUAUUAUCCAGCUUCCGCUCUAUUCGAUUGGGUCUGAUGGUCGGGAUUGGGGGAGGUGUACCAAACGAAGAUGUGGAUAUCCGCCUGGGUGAUGUUGUGUUCAGCAAGCCAACGAAUACACAUGGGGGAGUGGUGCAGUUCGAUUAUGGUAAAGCGCUGAGUGGCGGCGAGUUCCAGCGAACAGGCAUGCUCAGCCAUCCACCUCAGAUCCUCUUGACUGCGCUUGCCAAACUGCAAGCAAAUCAUAUUACGGGCCAGAGACCAUUCAUGAAAUUUCUUGCCGAGAUCGAACGCAAAGUACCCCAACAAUCUUCUAAUUUGGCCCGCCCCAGUCAGGAGGAUGUUUUAUAUCUUGCCGGUUACACUUAUGUCGAUACCAGUUCUAAGACCUGUAAUGGCUGCGAUACGACCAAAACUGUUCCCCGACCUUCGCGGGAUCCAAAUCAACCUAUGGUCCACUACGGCCUGAUCGUAUCCGCGAAUCAAGUGGUGAAAGACAGUCAACUACGGGAUCAGCUAGGUCAUGAACUAUGA